CGGGGUUUUUGGGGGGCCCCGGUUUGGGGGGGCCCCAGUGCUCGGUGUUCGUCCUCAGUGCGGGACAACAGCACCCCCAUGGCCGCCCUGCUGCGCUGCCCCGUCCUGGCCCGGAACCCGCGGCUGCUGCGGGCGAUGAGCACGGCCCCGGCCCGGCCCCAAACCGGCGCCCCCCCCGCGGGGUCCCCGUGUCCGUUCAUGGCGCUGGGGGCGCGGGGGGGGGAGGGGCCCCCGUUCGUGCAGCGCGCGGCGCCGGAGCUGCAGGAGGACGUGACCCCCCCCGAGGAGGCAGAGGCGCUGGAUUGGCUGCUGGAAUUUGGGGACCCCCCCGAGGACCCCCCCGAGCGGCGGCCGGAGGAGAAUCUGCCUGAGGACGCGUUCCCGUACGAGGCGCUGCUCGGGGCGCGCCUGGCGGGGCUGCGCCGCUCCCACACGUACCGCGAGUUCACGGCGCUGGCGCGGCGGGCCCGGGACCCCCCGAGCGCCCUCCUGGGGACCCCCCCCCGCCCGGUGCAGCUCUGGUGCUCCAACGAUUACCUGGGCAUGAGCCGGCACCCCGAGGUGCUGCGCGCCGCCAGGGCUGCCCUGGUUGCCCACGGUCUGGGCGCGGGCGGCACCCGGAACAUCGCGGGCACGGCUCCGCUGCACGGGGCCCUGGAGCGCGCCCUGGCCCGGCUGCACCGCCAGCCCCGCGCCUGCCUCUUCUCGUCCUGCUACGCCGCCAACGACACCGCGCUGGCCACGCUGGCGCGGCUGCUGCCAGGCUGCCAUUUCUUCUCGGACGCGGGGAACCACGCCUCGAUGGUGCAGGGCAUCCUGCGCAGCGGCGCCCCCAAACACGUCUUCCGCCACAACGACCCCCAGCACCUGGACGAGCUGCUGGGGCGCAGCCCCCCCGGGGUCCCCAAAAUCGUCGCCUUCGAGUCCGUCCACUCCAUGGAUGGCUCCAUCGCGCCGCUGGCCGAGCUGUGUGACGUCGCCCACGCCCACGGCGCGCUGACCUUCGUGGACGAGGUUCACGCCGUGGGGCUCUACGGGGCGCGGGGCGGCGGCAUCGCCGAGAGGGACGGGGUCACCGCCAAGGUGGACGUGGUGUCCGGGACCCUCGGGAAGGCGCUGGGCGCCGUCGGCGGGUACAUCGCGGGCAGCGACGCCCUGGUGGACGCCGUGCGCUCCUUCGGCCCCGGCUUCAUCUUCACCACGGCGCUGCCGCCGGCCGUGGUCGGGGGGGCGCUGGCGGCGCUGCGGGUUUUGGGGGGCCCCGAGGGGGGCGCCCUGCGCCGCUCGCACCAGCGCAACGCCAAACACCUGCGGGUGCUGCUGCGCGACCGCGGCGUGCCCGCGCUGCCCGCGCCCAGCCACAUCGUGCCCGUGCCCGUGGGUGACGCGCUGGCCGCCACCCGUCUGAGCCGGGCGCUGCUGGAGCGCGGGAUGUUCGUGCAGGCCAUCAACCCGCCCACGGUGCCGCGGGGGGGGGAACUGCUGCGCAUCGCCCCCACCCCCCAGCACAGCCCCGAGAUGAUGGAGCGGCUGGCAGACCAGCUGUCCGAGUGCUGGGGGGCGCUGGGGCUGCCCCGGGACUCCCCCCUGGGCCCCUCGUGCGCCUCCUGCCAGAGACCCCUGCACUUCUCGCUGAUGAGCGCCUGGGAGCGGCAGCACUUCCAGCAGGGCGAGAUCCCCGCCACGGCCUGAGACCCCCACCCAAAACAGCCUGAGACCCCCGGGAACGGCCCCAGCGCCCCCAGAAACCGCCUGAGCCCCAAAACCCCCUGAGACCCCAACCCAAACCCACCUGAGACCCCUGCACUUCUCGCUGGUGAGCGCCUGGGAGCGGCAGCACUUCCAGCAGGGCGAGAUCCCCGCCACGGCCUGAGACCCCCACCCAAAAAUGGCCAAAGACCCCCAAAAGCCGCCGGGAAGAGCAGCCACCCCCCCGCCACUGCAGCCCCCCCGCGCUCGCCACGGUCCCCCCCAGUGCUCCCCCCAGUGCUCCCAGUUGAGGCAUGACCGCCUUUCGGGACUGGGGGGCGCCCCCAUCUCUCUUUUGGGGGGGGGGUCCCCUCAUUGCCCCUCCCUCCCCUCAAUUUUCCCCGUUUUCCUCCCUCCCGGUGUUCCCAGUACAAACGCCAAUAAACCAGUAUGGGCCUG